AUGCUUGGCGAACACUCUCGAGCUCGUCGGAUGACCAUCGAAACAUUCCCACUGCCUGAGUUGCUGGCGGAGCGAUAUCGUGAGCCUGCAAAUGGGUACUAUAGGGGGUGGGCACCGACAUUGAAUGACUCGGGUAACAUUGCCUAUGGAAAUAACAAGCCAGCCUGGGCGCAAGGCCCUCUACCUGCUGCGUUUGAGAGAUGGAUUGUGAACCCCGAUUCGAACACGACCGAAAUCAUCUUAGGAGCCUCUAACUCGACCGUUCGAAGCGUGCCGAAGAGAGGCAAAAAAGUAUCCAAGUCUAAAAGCCAUAGAAAGAAAGCAAAACCGCGACACUACUUCUAUAAUCCCGUUCAGGAUCCCAUGAGGAUAAGCAACUUUGACCUGGAACCACUUAUUCCCCUGCAGGAGGCUCUGAAGGACCAUGCCAUUCCGAUCAAUCAUAUCGUCUUUGUGUUCUUGGAAAGUGGUAGAAAGGACCUAUUCCCCCUCAAAAACGAUUCUCGCUUAUACAACCAAAUCCGCAAAUCACAUGAAUUAUACGAUGAGCAGGAUGAAGCUGAUCUACAUGACAAGCUGUCUCAGAUUACUCCCGUAGCAGAGAUGCUUACAGGGGAGCAAUCUGGCUUCGGCACCUCGGUUAAUUCUACGAAUCCCGGACUGGGUGGUCUCAGCUUCGACGGGAUAUUGUCCGGUAGCACUCUCUCUGCGAAAUCCCGUCUUGUCAACUACUGUGGUCUUGCACCGCUCCCAGUGGACUUUAUGCAUGAAAAUGGCAUUAUUCCAUACCAGCCUUGUCUGAUGCAUAUCAUGGAUCUAUUCAACCAGCGCAAGAACUCUUCUGCCUCUGCAAACUCCUCUAUCUCUGGGAAUUCCACCAACAGUUAUCUAGAACGGCAGUGGCAAACCAUUUAUGCGCAGUCUGUCACUGGACAGUUCCAGGGACAGGCUCUGCUUAUGGAUCUGCUCGGUUUCAACCAGACAUUGUACUCGGAAGACAUCAAUGUGAAGGACGCCAAAUAUUUCCAUGAGGAAAUGCAAAAGAUCAACUAUUUCGGUUAUGCUGAAACCGAGGCCCGCCCCUAUAUCAAAGACUUGAUCGACGAAACACUUCGUCAGAAAAAGAGACUCUUCCUUUCGCAUUUCACCAGCACCACUCACCACCCUUGGGGUACACCCGAAGGCUGGAAUCGAGAAAAAUAUUUCGGCAAUGUCCGCAAAUCACAACGCGAACCCAUGGACGACUUCCUCAACGCCAACCGCUUCGUCGACACAUGGCUCGGUGACUUGAUGGGCAUGUUGGGAGAAGCCGGUAUCGCCAACGAGACCUUGACGGUCUUUGUUGGAGACCACGGCCAAGCAUUUAGAGGAGACUGUCCCGUCACAGGAACCUACCACAACCCACAUAUCAGCAACUUCCGCGUACCCUUACUAUUCCACCACCCCUUACUACCCCGCAUGCACCUCAAUGUCAACGGCAGCGCCGUAUCUAUCCUCCCGACAAUCCUCGAUCUCCUCGUGAACACCAACUCCCUCAAUGCAGACGACACCGAAAUUGCCCUGGAUCUGAUGAACGAGUAUGAGGGACAGUCCCUCAUCCGGCCAUACCGUACCUCGCACAAUGGCCGCGAAGCCUGGAACAUGGGUGUCAUUAAUGCCGGUGGCUCAAUGCUUAGUGUUGGCUCUGCUGCUGUGCCCUGGCGUCUCAGCCUACCAUUGAACAAUGACUUCGAGUACCGGUUCACGGACUUGAGUGAGGACCCGUAUGAGCUUGAUCCUGUUGCCUCCUGGACUAUGCCUGCGCUUGCUGCGGAGAUUUAUUCCAAGCAUGGGCCUGACGCUUCUAAUUGGGCUCAGAAGGCUGAGAAGGUCGGUCUUUGGUGGGUUGCUGAGCGGAAGAAACUUUGGAAUUAUAGUGAUUCUGAUGAGUGA